GUUUACUCACUGCCGGCAGGAUUUGAACCCCGUUUCUGAAGCUGGCUAUCACGCGCAUGCGUGUCUACGGCUGCUGGCUUCCAACGUUCUCCGGUUUUCUUCCCGCAGGGGAGAGAGGCGGCUAGCCUUGUGUUUGAAGCUGGGCGGACCGGAAGUUGCUCUGCUUCCUCACCUCAACUCUGCACUGGUGGAAACUCAGGCACUGGAAAAGACGAUCCCGGCUGGCCUGGGCUGGAGGCGGCGGAAUGGAGGCCGGGACCGAGGACCCGGGACUGACUCGCCGCCCGACUUUGGCCUCUUCCUGGGAUGCGCCGUGCGGGGCCCUGACACAGAGCCUCUUUCUCAGCCGGGGAGGUCUCGGCGCCGGGGAAUUCGACUGGGAGGAGCUGCUGGAGCCGCCUGCUCCCGGCCAGGAUCUGGUGAUUUUGAAGAGGAGCCCGAACAGCCAAGAUGAAAACGCCUGCUUCCUUUACCUGAACUUUGACCCUACUGGAGGUGAAGAAAUCGCUUCUAUUGGCAUUUUAAGUUCAGCAAGAAAUAUGGAGGUGUACUUAAGAGAGGAGUACUGUGGGACCAGUAGGGGCAAGAAUGUUUGUACUCUUCUGGAUAACAGCAAAUAUGAGAAGAUUAUUUUGUUCAAGAAAUAUUUAAAGUUGGAGUCUUCCACACAUGCUUGUAAAAUAAAGUUACUCUCCUUUGGUGAAAAGCAAUGUAUAUUCAUCAGUAAAGUUGUGGUACACAUGAGAGCAGUUUCGGCAAAUUCUUCACCAAGCUCUUCUGCUCUAGGAUCAAGGAUAGAUCUAUACAGGGUUCAAACCAUAAUGGAGUCCACGGGGUCACAGUUGUUACCUGGAGCGCAACAGUUGAUGGAUAUGGUUAGGUUUCAGCAGAGGAAUUGUGUUCCCUUUGGAGAGCAGCUUCAGUCUGUUUCGGGAAAUACUGGAUACAAGCAUAUGAUUGGAUUACAAUUGUCAUCUACUUCAGGAGCCUUAGACAAGUCAUCCUCCAUGCCUUUUCCUUUUAGAACCGGAUUGACAUCUGGAAAAGUGACUGAAGACUUAAAAGCUUGCAUUGAUAAAAAUUUACAGCCAUGUGGUGAAGGAAAUACUUCAAACCUCAACACCUGUGCAAGUGUGCCGCAAAGCCAUACUGUGCUUGAAGAUGAUCUUAAAAAUUUAGAAUCUUCUUUCUUACCAAAGAAAGCAAGUGACACCUCAAAUAUACCUAACUCUGAGUUGCUUCCUUUUCUUCAGAAUUUAUGUGGUCAGGUGAACCAUCUCCGUGUGAGAAAUAACAGAGAGUGGCAGGAAAAGGUUGCCAAGCCUGGUGAAGGCAUUGUUGGUGUUGUAGUGGAAGAGCAACCUGUUUGCUCCUGCUUGGAAAAGCUUCUUUCUAAAAAUGUGGAACUGAUGGAAAAGAACUUUAUGGACUACAUUGAUCAACGAAUAUGUAAACUCCAGGAGCACAUAGAUAAUAAGAUUGUUUUGUUAAUGGACUUGCUGCAAAAUUCCAACUCCUCUUCCCCUGGGAUGCCUCUAAGACAUUUUGUCUCUGGAGAAAGACUUUCAACUGGCGACCGAUAAUCACUGAACAUAUACAAUAUACUACAGAUAUUUAUUACAUAUUUAUUAUAAAGCCAAAACCCAAAAAACUUUAUGGAAAGCAAGUAUUUAACGCCAUUUGAAGGAUCAUCAUCUUACGUAAAGUUACCUCAGUGUUCAUUUUUACUGCUCUUGUUAUUGUAAAUCUAGUAUUGUUACACUGAGUCAACAUGAUCGAGUCGUAAGUUAUUUUUGCUAGCAAUAUUUUUCGUUCUUACAGAAAUUUAUAUAUACUUGUCUGUUAAGUGUUUAUAAGGAUUUCUAAUGAAGUUCAUUAGUUUGUAUUGUAUAUGUGUGUGGUUGAAGUAUUUUUAUUUAUACAAAGAUCUUAUUUUACAGUUGUAGGAUAUGAAAAAUAAUGCUUAGAGUAUUUGAUAUUUUUGCUUUUUAUAGUUGGUUGCUCUUAGGAAAUUGGAGACUUAAGACUUGGAACCUUUAAUUCAGAUCACCAACUUACGUUCUGUCUUGUUGAUCUCAGAUAAAUAAUUAGAUGCGAUGUUUGGCAUGUGUAAAGCUAGUUCACACUGGUGCUGUUAAGAUAAUUUGUUACGUCACAUUGUAGCAGUAGUUGGAGAAGUGAAAAUCAGAGCUGGCCUCUUCCUUGUUAGGAUUAUUACUUUGGAUUUGGUGUUUGAUGUAAAAUAGCAAAGAGAGUCUUGGUUAUCUCAGUAAGCUCAGAAAAUACAAGGAAGUCUCUCCUUUUUUUGUGCUGGGACAGGUUGUUCUUUCCAAAGCUCUUUUCUGAUAUUUUUAUCGUGCAAAAUGUUGAGGCUCUGCACUGAAAUUAAAGCGUAUAAUCAAGGAAAUCACUGUUCUCCCUGGCCGCUUAAUUUUCAGAAAUUAUAACUAUUGUAUAUAUUUUAAAAGGUGAUCUGUUUGUACCUGAAAAAUAAAUGCAUUCACUCUGGAAACUACUUAAGUAUAUAGAAAGGUUUCCUUUUCAACUACUCUUUGCUUAAAAUGUUUUAUUUUUUUAUAA